AUUUUUUUCUUUUGGUACGAGCAAAACAAUAAAUAAGUAGACAAACAAUCUAUAAAAUCGACUCGUAUUUUGAUUGAAAAUUUUUGUGUUGUCAAAAUUUGGAAUAAGAAAGUUUGCGCCAAUAUCAAUUCAAACCCAAAAGUUUGUGAUUAAUUGGUUGCAAGAUUAUGAUCGAAUUUCUGAAAUGCCUAAACGUUUUAAAUCGAAAGAAAUAUCCGAUUUUCAACGCGGCCGAAUCGUCGGUCAAUCUGAAGGUGGUCAAUCACAAAGAGAAAUAGCGACCAACUUGGAGAUACCAUUAUCGACUGUGAAUAAAAUUAUUGUAGAAUUUAAAACAAAAGGAAAAACAUCUACUGAUCCAAGACCGGGAAGGCCAGGACCACCAGAAUGUCUUCUACAAGCAAUAAAAUCAGCUAUCGACACCAAUCCACGUCUUAAAGCUUAUGAAUUGGCCGAUUUAUUUCAGAUCAGUCCACGAUCAGUUCAAAAUCAUCUUCAUCGCUUGGGCUAUAAAGGCUGUACUGUUCGACGAAAAUACGUGCCUGUAACAUUAAAAAAUAAAAAGAAAUCAAAUAAUCAAGAUCAACUCCUGCUGGAACAAUCACCAGAACCUAAUAUGACUGACGAUACUGAUGGUCAAUUUGUAAAUGAUGAACAUUGCAAAGUUGAACAACCGGACCGACAAUCGAACAUUGUCGGAACAAUUUCAUAUCCAGAACAAAUACAAACAUCCGAAACGAAUACUUGAUUUUAUUAGUGUUUUAAUUAGAUUUUAUUAAUUUUAUUAAAUAGAAAUGGGAGUUAUUUUAUUUGAUA